AUGGAUAAACAUUCGUCCAUAUUCCAAGAUGAUUGGGGAACACUGAAGGACAUUAAGGCAAGACUUAAUGUCAAGCCGGGGUCUCAUCCAAAAUUUUGUAAGGCCAGACCGGUGCCAUAUGCUAUCAAACCAAAGGUGGAAGAUGAGCUUGAUAGGUUAGUAGGGGUUGGAGUUUUGACUAAGGUCAACUACAGUGAAUGGGGCACACCCAUAGUUCCUGUUAUGAAAAAAGAUGGCUCCGUGCGGUUAUGUGGAGACUUUAAGGUAACACUAAACCCUGUUUUGGAAGUGGAUCAGUAUCCUCUUCCUCGUACCGCUGAUAUUUUCGCAUCUUUGGCAGGUCAGAAAUUUUCGAAGUUGGACCUGCAACAUGCCUACCUCCAAAUGGAGGUGGAGGAAAGCUCCAGGGAUUUACUGACCAUAAAUACCGAGAAGGGUUUAUACCGAUUCAAUCGACUGGUGUAUGGAGUAGCGUCAGCUCCAGCGAUGUGGCAACGGGCCAUGGACACAGUUCUACAAGGUUUAAAAGGAGUUCAGUGCAUAAUAGAUGAUAUGUUGAUCACAGGAAGCACGGAUGAAGAACAUUUGCAAAAUUUGGAGGCAGUUUUGGAACGUUUGGACAGGUACGGUUUACGGUUGCGAAAGGACAAGUUUCUCCACCCUUUACACAGACUUUUGGAGAAAAACCGGAAGUGGGAGUGGAAUGGUGAUUGUGCCAGAGCAUUUGCCGAGGUCAAAAAACUAGUUACAUCAAAUGAGGUGCUCACUCAUUGGGUUGUUUGUCAUGCCUCUCCGCACAAACCUAACAAUCAACACCAAGGCUGGCCGGGCGAACCUGCCUUUCUACAUGCUCGUCCCGUUGCUUCACCAUGA